AUGGAUAUCAGCAUUUCGGAUGAAUUCAUCCAUGCUGCUCUCCAACCUGAGGCCAACGAUGAACAUGGUAUCGGGCCACUUGAAAGCGACCAAGACGGCGGCGACGACUUCAAAGCGAAGUGGAAGGCCAGAGUUCUACGAACCAUUCUCGUUCAGGACCAGGAGGUCAUCCAGAGACGUAUCUUCAAGAAGGAGUUCGAGCAGGGAAAAAAGAGCCUCAGCAAGAAGUGGGGCGAUCUCUCGGAGCUCGCCAACCUGGCCGACAAGCGCGCUCUCGAGGCCUUGACCGGCAACGCAGUCAAUUCAGAGCGAUCCGCAGUCAACGCUGACGCCAUCGAAGCAAUCCGCAUGGUGCACACGACAAUGCAGGAAGACCUCAGUGGCCUCCGCACACGUCAAGAAUACGAUCGCCAGCGAAUCGAUGACAAAUUCGAUCGGCUCGCCGCGUCCAAUGCCCACGAGCUCAAAGCCCUGAAGAAGCAUUUUGGCGACCAGCUUGUCAGACUCCAGGAGGUGGACAACGUUCUCCAGAGACGGCUCGAGGGUGUUAUUGACCGCCAAGAUCUCAUGGAGAGCGUGUUGGCCGCGCUCCCUCAGAAGCACCACAUGCUGUUCGGUGGCUUCGCCAUGGUUGCCCUCAUGUAUAUCCUGCUUCACCUCACUCGCGACUGA